GUUUCCCUUUGGUUAUUAGGCCGAAGUCCAAACAGAAGGCAAAAUUGGUCUCCUUGAUUACCGCCGAUCAGGCAGGCUUUUGGCUGCGUUUUCCCCAUUCAAAUCGACAGAAUACAGCCAACAAAGCGUAAAAGCGCUCUGCAUUCCUCGCCUUCCACCAGCCGCACGAAGUGACGAAGGGACAGUUCGUUUUCUCGUCUCAGCCGACAGAAGCCUAUAACGGACUAGCAGAGGAAGCCACCUGCCAAUAGCGGCGACAAAUUCUGCCGCACACGAAUUUCGGCUCAAACAGACCAAGUUCAUCCUUUUAUUUGUGUUGUCAUUUCCAAUUUCCUCUGCCUUAGCUUCAGGGUUUCUAGAGGGGUCGUUACUGUUUACUGCAAUGGAUCUAACACCAUUUAAAUUAGACAUAGAUGAUCUUAUAAGUGAAUUCGCUGAGGGUGGAUCAACUUCUUUUGCGGAAAUGAAGAGAGUUUGGCUUUCCAAAAAGUUCUCCUAUAUAUUUGAGGCAAGUCCUUCCACAAAUCAGGCCUGCUUUAUGCAAUCACUCUUUGCUUAUUCCAUUGGAUAUGCUGUGUCUACUCGAUCUUUAUCACAUAGACUGGGCGGCCUGUAUUGCUUAUAUUGCCUUUUUGAGACUCAACCGUUCCGCCCUCCUUUCAAGAUAUACUUGUCUCUUGGGGAAUUGAAGAGGGUUCGAACCCUUGUUGCUGAUGCAAAAGCCAAAUGUAUUGGAGUUGUCUGUGCUUUAGUCAAAAGUCUGUUGGAUAGGAACAUUUUCCUCAUCGGGGCUGUGGAUAUAAAUGAAGGCUCUAUAAUGGAAAGAAUAAAUGAACUUACAGAAAUCCAGAAUUCCAAAGUCCGAACAGCAUACAAAAUGCUGUUUGCAAACACAGAGGUUGAUCUUUUCACCCAUUUGGAUAUGGGAGUGGAACUUGAUGUGGAUUUGAUCAAGAGAAUAUCAACUGAAUACGCAAUGGCCAAGAAACAAGCCCUCGAAGAGGCUAGCAAAACAGUAGAUGUUGAUAACAUGAAGCACAUAGCUGAAGAUAGGACAUUGAUUGGAGAAACACUGGAGCGGAGUGCUGCAGAUUGGAAUGCACAGAAGAAUAAGCUUUAUAAACAAACAGGAUAUCGGCCUACCUCCGAUUCCCCAUGCCUGGGAGCAGUUGAGUUCCUUGAAGACAAUGAAGAUGACUUCGGCAAAGAACUUGAAGACGUCCUCUUAAUUGAACAUACGCGUGAGAAUUAGCAUGUUAUUAAGGAAAGGUGUAACAAUCAUAGAAUUUGUCUAUGAUUCUGUUUCUUGUAGUUACCAAAUGCAUGUCGGCAAAUAAUCUUGAUAUACCUAAAAACAUUAGAUAUGGGAAAGAAUUUUCACACUUUAAUUUUGAUAAAUAGCGUACCAC